CGUUUCCUUUCUCAAAAACCAUUCUUCAUUUUCUCAUUGGUUUUCUCAAAGAAAAAAACAUACACACAAUAGCAUAUGUCUCAGAGGGCCAACGUUCCUCACUCUUCUUCCAUAGCCUUCGGCCUCCAUUCUCAUCUCCUGGUCUCCAGUGAGAUGAACCCAAACUCCAACUGGUCUUCUUGUUUUCAUUGAUUUAAAAAUCUCUCUCUCUCUCUCUUUCUGCUUAAUUUAGCAUUUCUGUCUUCCAAUAUUUUCUAAUCCUAAUUAACAUUAACUUCUAGACUCUGACAAUUAUAUUCCAUUCUUUUCCAUUUGUACCACCACCAAUUUUUUUUUUUCUUUUGUUUUGUUCCUGAGAAAAAAAUUCAGAGAUGGGUGUGAAAGGCUUUGUUGAAGGAGGCAUAGCAUCGAUCGUCGCUGGGUGUUCAACUCACCCUCUUGAUCUCAUCAAGGUCCGUAUGCAGCUCCAGGGUGAAACCCACGCGCCGAAACCGACUCCGGCGACGGUUCAGAAUCUCCGUCCGGCUCUCGCUUUCCACAACACCUCCGUCGCAGCCGGUGGUUCCAUCCACAUCCCUCCACCGGCGGCGCGUGUCGGUCCAAUCGCCGUCGGAGUCCGCAUUGUCCAACAAGAAGGAGUCGCCGCCUUAUUCUCCGGUGUCUCCGCCACCAUCCUCCGUCAGUCGCUUUACUCCACCACCAGAAUGGGCCUCUACGACAUACUCAAACAAAAAUGGACAGACCCGAAUACCCGAACCAUGCCGCUCACGAGCAAGAUAACGGCGGGUUUGAUAGCUGGCGCGAUCGGUGCGGCUGUGGGAAACCCAGCCGACGUAGCCAUGGUGCGAAUGCAAGCCGACGGGAGGCUGCCGCUGGAUCAGCGCCGGAACUACAAGAGCGUGGUGGACGCCAUAACCCGGAUGGCUCGCCAAGAAGGCGUCAUGAGCUUGUGGCGCGGGUCAUCGCUGACGGUGAACCGAGCCAUGCUGGUGACGGCUUCUCAGUUGGCGUCUUACGAUCAGGUGAAGGAGUUGAUUCUGGAAAAGGGGGUGAUGAAGGACGGGCUGGGGACCCACGUGACGGCUAGCUUCACGGCGGGGUUCGUGGCUGCGGUGGCGUCGAACCCUGUGGACGUGAUCAAGACCCGGGUGAUGAACAUGAAGGUCCAGCCCGGUGAGGCUCCGCCGUACACGGGUGCUCUGGACUGCGCUUUGAAGACGGUUCGGGCGGAAGGUCCCAUGGCUCUGUAUAAGGGGUUUAUUCCGACCAUCUCCAGGCAGGGUCCUUUCACUAUCGUCCUGUUUGUGACUCUGGAACAGGUCCGCAAGGUGUUGAAGGAUUUCUGAAGAUGAUGAUGAUGAUGAUGAUGA